GUAUAAAAGCCCUUCUUCUCCCAUUGAAAAACCCUCACUGUCCCCUGCUACUCUCCUGCUCCGGCGGUGAAUUUUGAACAACAAAAGAAGUACACAAGCUGCCGCAGCUCCGGUAGCAAUGUCGACAGGCUUUUCAUUCUCCUCUUCUACUUCACCCUUCUCUUUCUCUUCAAAUCCGUCUUUUUCCACCACCCCCUCUGUCACCGCUACCACAUCCGCUUCCGGUUCUUCCCCAUUUUCCUCGCCCUUCGCAAACCCUAACCCCACCUCCUCUGCUCCUUCUUUUGGCUUCGGUACAUCUACUACUUCAGCCUCUUCUGCUCCUUCUUUUGGCUUCGGUUCAUCUACUACUUCAGCCUCUUCUGCUCCUCCUUUUGGUUUCGGCUCUAAUACCGGUGCUUCUACACCGUCAUUUGGGUUUUCAUCUAGUGCUGCUUCUGGUUCCAGUCCCCAACCAACUCUAUUUGGAUCUUCUUCCGGUUCGGCUGCAACUUCAAACCUAUUCGGAUCAUCUUCCGGGUCGGGUACAACGACGAAUCUCUUCGGAUCCACUACAUCUGCAAGUGGUUCGCCAUUGUUUGGGGCGAAUUCAGCUAGCGCCGCUGCCAAUUCAUCCCCUUUUGGGUCUUCACCUUUCGGGUCGUCAGGUACGCCCUCGCCGGGUUUGUUUGGGUCCAGUUCGGCUGCUGGUUCAAGUUCGGGCUUGGGCUUGCUUGGUUCUUCUCCGUUUUUAUCAUCAACUGCUGCUUCUACUGGAAAUGCAGCAUCUAGUGCUAGUACAACUCCAUUUUCUUCAUCUCCAUUUGGGUCUUCUUCUUCAGCAUCAUCUUCACCUUUUGGAUCAUCUUCAACAGCCCCUUCAUUUGGUUUUCCGUCAUCAGCGGCCUCACUUUCGUUCCAGUCGGCGUCAAAUUCAGCUUCUUCUUCACCUGGACUUUCGUUUGCCAGCUCGGCAGCUGCCAGUUCCUUUUCUUCUUCAUCUGCAUUUUCUUUCCCUGGUGCUUCACCCGCAAGUUCAGCUUCUUCUGCACCGGGAUUUUCAUUGUUAAGUACUUCAACCACCACUUCAGUAUCUUCUGCACCGGGAUUUUCGCUUGCUGCUGCAUCAACUUGUUCUGCAGUCUCCUCACCAGCAUUUUCAUUUUCGACCUCGAGCUCAGCAGCAUCAGGUCCAGCAUGUUCAUUAUCAACGCCAACGCCGAGUGCAGCAUCACCUGCACCUUCAUUCUCUUUUUCCAUGCCUGCUGCGGCUUCGUCAUCCCCAUCACCUUUUUCAGCUUCUACUACUUUGUCAUUUUCGGUUGCAAAAGGGACUGUAAGCUCUGUAACAGCUUCUGCUGCUUCUUCAAGUGCUCCGGUGUCUAAACCUGCCAGUACUGGGUUUUCAAUUUCUUCAUCGCCUUUGUUUUCAACUGUUACUACCCCCACCAGCAUUUCUACAACCGCAGCUGCUACUGGAGCUUCUUCUACGACUAGCGGGACUGGUUUAUCUCUGACAUUUCCUGCACCCACUUCUUCAGCUUCAACGACUAGUGCUGUUGAUACAUCUCCGAUUGCUGGGUUUGGCACCUCUGCCCAAUCUACAGGUUUUUCAUUGUCUAGCAAAGCAUCUGCACCAGCUUUAUCCUCACAGCCUCAAUCAACUGCGGCUGUGCCAAGCUUUGGUGUCCCGAGCACAACUUCUGCCACUGCAACUACUUCAGCUGCUCAAACAUCAUCACCCUUGACUGUGGCUUCUAGUAGUGGGACUACUUCAACUUCUACUGUAGUUGCCACUUCCACACCGAAAUUACCAUCAGAAAUUACAGGAAAGUCUGUAGAAGAGAUCAUCAAGGAAUGGAACGCUGAGCUGCAGGAACGUACUGCAAAAUUUAGAAAGCAGGCUAAUGCGAUUGCUGAGUGGGACAGAAGGAUCUUGCAGAACCGUGAUAUUCUUCUCAAACUUGAGAGUGAAGUUGCAAAGGUUGUUGAGACACAAGGCAGCUUAGAGCGACAGCUGGAGCUAAUUGAGACUCAUCAGGAAGAGGUUGACAAGGCAUUGCAAAGCAUGGAAGAAGAAGCUGAGCGAAUUUACAAAGAUGAGAGAGGAGUGAUUCUUGAUGAUGAAGCUGCAGCAACAAGGGAUGCAAUGUAUGAACAGGCCGAGUUUGUGGAGAGGGAAAUGGAGAAAAUGACAGAGCAGAUCAAGUCAAUCAUUAAUACUUUUAAUGCCUGCCAGGGUGGAGAACUUGAGGCAACUGAUGGAAUGACACCGCUUGAUGUUGUUGUACGAAUCUUGAACAAUCAAUUGAGUUCACUGAUGUGGAUUGAUGAAAAGACUGAAGAAUUCUCAUCUCGUAUUCAGAAGCUUGCAAGUGAAGCGCCUGCUGCCAAUCGUGAAUCGACUGCCCCUAAAUUAUGGUUGACUCGAUGAUUGUCGUAUUGGUGCUGUCAACAGGUUCAUGUCAAAGUAUAAACCCAAGGGCUUCUGAAUCUUUUGUGGAUUCUCCUUCCUGCUGUGUAUGCUAUUAGGUUUGAAGGGAGAGAUGUUAAAUCUUGAUUCAUUUCAAAGGCUUUACAUCUUAUUGGUGAUUGAAAUGCUGAGAUCUUUUUUUUUUUUUUUGAAAUGGUGCUUAAACUCAUGUGCCUAAUCUUUGCUUAUUACUGUCAAGACAAAAUGAUGUUUACAUAAGAAAUACAAAAAAUAGCAGACUAAAAGGUUGAACCGA